ACACAAAAAAAAGUCGCAAUUUUUAAAAUUAAAAUAGAAGAAUGAAGUAUUAAUAAUAAUCGGGCUGAUUGUGAAAUCAGAUUGAAGAGACGGAGAUAAUGAUAAAUGAUAUUCCUUUGUGUAAUUCUAUGGUCUUUAAUAUUCGCAAAGUAAGUGACGCGAGAGAGAGUGACGCAGUGCGGUGAAUCGUUAAAACCUCCUGGUUCGGCGGAAUUCCGAAGAGACGUUGCCCGACGUGUUCGACACGAAGGAAUUCAAUCGCGAAAUGGACCGCGCGAUAUUUGAAUACUCGCGUAGAUUGUAGCGUCCGUGAGUUCGGUAAAUCCCGUAUCCGAAGUAGAUAUUGUGAUCGUCGCACGCGGACAGAGUCCAUUUCCGCGGUUACAUUACCGAUACUCCGAUACUUCGUCCGAUGUCUGUUCGUGCGCUGCUCGGAACUUGGACGGGCUGCAAGCAGCUGGGGAGCUUUAGAAUAUCUCCUUCGCAAGAGGAUCGAGCGAGUUCACGCGUGUAAUUUGCUUGGAGAACGCUAAAACACGGUGAGAGAAUACCAGAGAUAUGGAUCACGUGCACGUGAAAUCGAGAUCGGCCUCGAAGAGCAAUCCAACGAAGAUGGCCUGUGAGAAGGCGUCGAGACGCCUUAGGACGAUCCUCGUGAGGGCGUCUCGCGUCGGCGUUUCUACGGCGGAAGUCGCCAGGUUACCGGCGGCCAAGAAACUUAUUCCGCAAAGAGAUCACGGUUGGAAAUUGGCAGUGUUUCUCCUACUUAUGUUUGGAGGUGGAGUCAUCGUCGCCUUGGUGUGCACCGCCAGGAAAGGAUGCUCAAAACUGGAGGAUAUCAGUUUAGCGACCUAGCCGUUGCGGCCCAUUAUUCUCCGGGGACCGAUAGCGAUGUUGACGGCGACGAUGACAGCGUUGUCAUCAGUGACAACGGUGGCAGCGAUAAGGAAUCGUCUGAACAAGAAGACCACCACGUGCCAACGCGGAGGCAGCUGGCCGAACAACGAUCUCGACACGAAUUAUUCAGACGGUCUCGAAACCACUUUAAGACGUCGAGACAUCACGAUCAGGUGCGUCCGAUGGCACGGCUCGUCGUCACUUAACGGUGUCGUGUUGGAGAACAAGAGUGGAGUGACGAUACUGAGAACAUGUUGAGUGCCUGCGGCCGCGAUCGAAUGAUAAAAUGCGUCCGUUGAAGGUGGUGAUACGGCUAUGAAUUUUUUUACAAAUAAUCUUACGAGAGGUAGAGCUAUGUAAUUUCGAUUCGAAAUGCUGCGACAAAUGAGCGAUGUAGCGAGAGCAAUUUCUAUUGUGGGUUGAGAAAAAAAUUAACAAGGAAAUCGUCGGAACUGUCUGCUCCUCACCGAUUUCGAUGGAUUUUAAAUAUGUUGUAGAGCUUUAAAA